AUGGUGCUCCAAGCCAUCAAGUACUCCAGGGGCCAGCUGGAAAUCCUCGACCAGUUGAAGCUUCCCCAUGCUGAAGAAUAUGAUCAUAUCUACUCAAGCACCGACGCGUGGCAUGCGAUCAAGGAGAUGCGAACGCGAGGCGCCCCAGCCAUUGCCAUUGUAGCGGCAUUGGCACUGGCCGUCGAGCUGACGAAUAUGAAGCUACCUUCCAUCGCCGAAGAAGUCAAGGUCUUCAUCAUCGAGAAGCUGGACUACCUCGUCACGAGCAGACCCACCGCUGUAAAUUUGGCAGAUGCGGCGCGCAAGCUGAAGAAGGCGACUGAAGAAUCUGCUACCAGGGAAGGAGCCACUGGCGAUUCAGUACGAGAAGCCUACGUGUCGGCAUCAGAGCAGAUGUUGAUCGAUGAUGUGAGCGACAACGAAAACAUUGGACGUCAUGGCGCAGACUGGAUAGUGAAGCACACGAUAGCUGCAAAAAAGGGUCCAGUGAGCAUGUUGACUCACUGCAACACCGGUUCUCUUGCCACGGCUGGAUACGGCACUGCUCUCGGGGUCAUCCGGUCUUUACACGCUCAGGGCAACUUGAAGCAUGCUUUUUGCUCUGAGACCAGGCCUUACAAUCAAGGGUCCCGUCUGACAGCAUUCGAACUUGUGCACGACAAGAUACCAGCCACACUGGUAACGGACUCAAUGGCAGCAGCUUUACUUCGCCUAAGGGGACCGAGCGAGAACAUCGCUGGCAUUGUUGUUGGUGCAGACAGGGUCGCUGCGAAUGGCGAUACCGCAAACAAAAUUGGGACCUAUUCACUGGCCAUCCUCGCAAAGCACCAUGGCGUGAAGUUCCUAGUUGCUGCGCCGCGGACUACCAUCGACCUCGAUACCAAGUCUGGCGCUGAUAUUGUCAUCGAAGAGAGACCAGGCAAGGAGGUGACGCUCGUGAAAGGACCCAGGCACGACGGCGUGAAUCUGGACCUCGGGGUCGUCGAAACAGUCAGCAUUGCUGCGAACGGAAUCGGAGUCUGGAACCCAGCCUUCGACGUGACGCCGGCCGAGUUGAUUGAUGGGAUCAUCACGGAAGUGGGAGUAGUGGAGAAGGACAGCAAAGGCGUGUUCCAUUUGGACAAGGUAUUUGAAGUGGCAGGUUCAACGAUCAAGCCUUCGAGCGUGGGAGAAAUAUAG